CAAACUGUCUGCAUGCAUAUCUCAGGUUUUUUGAUCACCAUGUGUAAAUCUCUUGGUUUGAUUAUCCUUGCAGUGGUAGCCUGCUGCUAUGCAGUACCCAUGAAGGAAGUAAACGAACAUAUUGUGGGUGGAACUGAAAGUCGACAUUGUGAGUUUCCUCAUAUGGUAUUCCUCAAAAUUUACCUCACUACUGGAGAAUCAUUUUGUGGCGCAACUUUGAUUAGCAACAAACAUAUCUUGACAGCAGCCCAUUGUAUUGAGAAAGGCGUAAAGAAAAUUGUUGCUAACUUCGGAUCAACCAACAAGAACAACGCAACAGUUCAGAUACGCGUAAGGCAAUGGGUGUUGCAUCGACAAUACGUUAAAAAGCAUACUAUCGAUAAUGACAUUGCUGUCUUAGAAUUGGUGAAACCUGUCACGACCACCCGAUGUAUCCAGCCUAUAGAUGUACCAAAUAAAGGAGAUACAUACAACAAGAGAUGUGUCACUGCUGGAUGGGGAUCCACCGCAGAGAAUGGAUAUUACCCAGACCAGAUGAGACGCACUAAUAUUGAUAUCAUCCCAAAUGACAAAUGCCAACAGUAUUCUCCUGGCGCCACAGUUGAGAAGCAUAUCUGUGCUGGCGACCUCUUAAGAAAUGGAAAAAAUAUUUGCAACGGAGAUUCUGGCGGUGGUCUUAUCUGCAGGAGGACCUCGGAUAACAGAUACGUCGUUGCUGGCAUUUCUUCCUAUGGUUUUGACUGUGAUGAAGGAUUCGGUGUCUUCACAAACACCGGCAAUUAUAGACAGUUCAUUGAUGACUAUACUACAUAGUAACUGGUUCUAAACAAUGAACCGUUUUCUUAAAUGAAUAAAUUUUAAAAU